AUGUUAAGUAUUCUCUUAAUAAAAGAAAUGUAGUAGAGAAACUAGAUCUUAGUUCUUUAGAUUUACAAGGGAAUUUAUCACUAGAAGGAUUUACUAAUUUAAAAACUUUAGAUUGUAGUGAUAAUGAACUAACUGAUUUGGAUUUACAUAAGUAUAUUAGUGCAUAUAAGAAAUUAAAAGAAUUACAUGCUAAUCAUUGUGGCUUAGGAUUUUUAGAAUUGGCAGAGCAAAUACAUACUUUAAAUUUGGCUUCUAAUAAUCUAAGCAGCCUUAGAUUUGAUUUAACUAAUCUUAUUAAUUUAGAGUAUUUAAAUGUUGGUUUAAAUAUUUUAGGUAGUUUAAAUUUGACUAAUAAUAAAAAAUUAAAGCAUAUUUACUGCUAUGAAAAUCAAAUUAAAGAACUAGAGUAA